ACAAGUUAUGUCUUCUUCAAGCUCUUCCGUGGUCCAAGUUGUGUCUUCUGCCAGCUCUCCCGCCCCCCAACCUGAGAAAUGCAAUGACGUUACCGUGGCUGUAGAGGAGUCCAUUGAGAAGGCAACGGAGAACCAAGCUGUGUCUUCUGCCGGCUCUUCCGCGGCGCCCCAGCCAGAAAAAUCCAAUGACGUUACCGUGGCCGUGGAGGAGGCCAAGGAGAUGGCAGCAGAGAACCAAGUUGUGUCUUCUGCAGGCUCUUCCGCCGCGCCGCCCCAACCCAAUGACAUUAUCGUGGCUGUGGAGGGGGACAAGGAGAUGGCAACGGAGAACCAAAUUGUGCCUUAUACAGGCUCUCCCGCGCCCCAGCCUGAGCAAUGCACUGACAUUGUUAUCGUGGCAACGGAGAACAACGAUCCGGGGAGUGAAAACCCAAGUCUCAUCGGAUCUGGUGCUGUCCCACCAGGAAGCCAGAUCCUGCAGCUUUACCCACCAAGAUCUAAUAAGAUCUUCACUUGUCCCACUUGCAAAAAAGGGUUCCCAUCAAGUCAAGCCCUAGGCGGUCACCAGAACGCGCACAAGCAGGAGCGAGAGUGGGAAAGGAAGAGGAAGAAUAUGGAACAAGAGUACCCCGGAUUCGCCUUUUUGAACCCUAAUAUAGACAAUCCUCUUAUGUUUUUCUUAGGUGGCUACUCGGAAGAUGCUUUAACACACGAGAAUCAUCUUGGGAUCCCUCUUGACGAUGCUUUCAAACGCAGAUUUGCCCGUAAUCACCCAUCCGUCAACAACGGAUUCUCGGACAUGAACAUUACCGCGGUUCCUCGCGUGGCUCCUACUGGCUUCUUCGCAGGGAACACUUCCACCACCAACGGUUCUUCUUCAGGAGGACUUGGGCCUAGACCCCCUUACAACAGCUAUCCCCCGAUGCUCCCUAGGAACUUUCCUCCUUUCCCUCCUCCUCAGACCAACAAUCUUCCUAGAGGUUUGUAUCCACAACAAGAGAAUGUAUUGAACGAGGUGAAUUUCAUCUCAGAGAUAGGAAAGGGUAAAAAUAUUAUGGAGAUUGAUGAUAAUGAUGAUGAUGCUGAUGCUGGUGCUGGUGCUGAUGAUGGGCCUAUAGAAGGGACAUCCAAGAGCUGGGGGGCUGAUUUAUCUCUUUGA